AUGGCCCCCACGCUCCAGGACCUGACGCCAUCUGCAGGGAUGGAGAAGACCCUGCGAGAUGAGAUUGAAGCCACCCUGCGGGAGAGGAUCAUGGUGCUUGAUGGAGGGAUGGGGACCAUGAUCCAGCGGCGCAAGCUGAGUGAAGAGGACUUCCGAGGACAAGAGUUCAAAGACCAUGCCAGGCCCCUGAAAGGAAACAGUGAUAUUUUAAGUAUAACUCAGCCCAGCGUCAUUUACCAAAUCCACAAGGAUUACCUCCUAGCUGGGGCAGAUAUCAUUGAAACAAAUACUUUCAGCAGCACUGCUAUUGCCCAAGCUGACUAUGGCCUGGAACACUUGGCCUACCGGAUGAACAUGUGCUCUGCGGGAGUGGCCAGAAAAGCAGCCGAGGAGAUAACUCUCCAGACAGGAAUUAAGAGGUAUGUGGCAGGAGCUCUGGGUCCAACUAACAAGACACUCUCUGUGUCCCCAUCUGUGGAAAGACCAGAUUACAGGAACAUCACAUUUGAUGAACUUGUUGAAGCAUACAAAGAGCAGGCCAAAGGGCUUCUGGAUGGUGGAGUGGAUAUCUUACUCAUUGAAACUAUUUUUGAUACUGCCAAUGCCAAGGCAGCUUUGUUUGCGGUCCAAAAACUUUUUGAAGAGGAGUAUCUUCCCCGGCCUGUCUUUAUUUCAGGGACAAUUGUUGAUAAAAGUGGGCGGACUCUCUCUGGCCAGACCGGGGAGGCAUUUGUCAUCAGCGUGUCUCAUGCAGACCCACUCUGCAUUGGAUUAAAUUGUGCUCUGGGUGCCGCUGAAAUGAGACCUUUUAUUGAAACAAUUGGAAAAUGUACAACAGCUUAUGUUCUCUGUUAUCCCAAUGCAGGUCUUCCCAAUACCUUCGGUGACUAUGAUGAAACUCCACACAUGAUGGCCAUGCACUUAAAGGAUUUUGCUGUUGAUGGCUUGGUCAACAUAGUUGGCGGAUGCUGUGGUACGACACCAGAUCAUAUCAGAGAAAUUGCUGAAGCUGUGAAAAACUGUAAGCCUAGAGUUCCACCUGCCACUGUUUUUGAAGGGCAUAUGCUACUGUCUGGUCUAGAGCCCUUCAGGAUCGGAGCAUACACCAACUUUGUUAACAUUGGAGAGCGCUGUAACGUUGCAGGAUCCAGGAGGUUUGCUAAACUCAUCAUGGGAGGAAAUUAUGAAGAAGCACUGAGUGUUGCCAAAAUGCAGGUGGAAAUGGGAGCCCAGGUGUUGGAUAUUAACAUGGAUGAUGGCAUGCUGGAUGGUCCAAGUGCAAUGACCAGAUUCUGCAACUUCAUUGCUUCCGAGCCUGACAUUGCCAAGGUGCCCUUGUGCCUUGACUCUUCCAAUUUUGCUGUGAUUGAAGCCGGGUUAAAGUGCUGCCAGGGAAAGUGCAUCGUUAACAGCAUCAGCCUGAAGGAGGGAGAGGAUGACUUCUUGGAGAAGGCCAGAAAGAUUAAGAAGUUUGGAGCUGCCGUGGUGGUUAUGGCUUUUGAUGAAGAAGGACAGGCAACAGAAACAGAUACCAAAAUCAGAGUGUGCACCCGGGCCUACCAUCUCCUUGUGAAAAAACUGGGCUUCAAUCCAAAUGACAUCAUCUUUGACCCUAAUAUCCUCACCAUUGGUACUGGGAUGGAAGAACAUAACAUGUAUGCUGUUAAUUUUAUCAAUGCAACAAAAGUCAUCAAAGAAACGCUGCCUGGAGCCAAAGUCAGCGGUGGUCUGUCCAACUUGUCCUUCUCCUUCCGAGGGAUGGAGGCCAUUCGGGAGGCGAUGCACGGGGUCUUCCUGUACCAUGCAAUCAAGUUUGGUAUGGACAUGGGAAUAGUGAAUGCUGGAAGCCUUCCUGUAUAUGAUGACAUCCACAAGGAGCUUCUCCAGCUCUGUGAGGACCUCAUCUGGAACAGAGACCCUGAGGCCACCGAGAAGCUCUUACGCUACGCCCAGACUCAGGGCAAAGGAGGGAAGAAAGUCAUCCAGACUGAUGAGUGGAGGAAUGGCCCUAUUGAAGAACGCCUUGAGUACGCUCUUGUGAAGGGCAUUGAAAAAUAUAUUAUUGAAGAUACUGAGGAAGCCAGGUUAAACCAGGAAAAAUAUCCCCGACCUCUGAAUAUAAUUGAAGGGCCGCUGAUGAAUGGCAUGAAAAUUGUUGGUGAUCUUUUUGGAGCGGGAAAAAUGUUUCUACCUCAGGUUAUAAAGUCAGCUCGGGUCAUGAAGAAGGCCGUGGGUCACCUUAUUCCCUUCAUGGAGAAAGAGAGAGAAGAAACCAAAGUGCUUACUGGCAAAAUAGAAGAUGAGGACCCUUACCAUGGCACCAUCGUGCUGGCUACUGUUAAAGGUGACGUACACGACAUAGGCAAGAACAUAGUUGGAGUGGUUCUUGGCUGCAAUAAUUUCAGAGUCAUCGAUUUGGGAGUCAUGACUCCGUGUGACAGGAUACUGAAAGCCGCUCUGGACCACAAAGCAGAUAUAAUUGGCCUGUCAGGACUCAUCACUCCUUCCCUGGAUGAAAUGAUUUUUGUCGCUAAGGAAAUGGAGAGACUAGCUAUAAAGAUCCCAUUGUUAAUUGGAGGAGCUACCACUUCCAGAACCCACACAGCAGUUAAAAUAGCCCCAAGAUACAGUGCACCUGUGAUCCACGUCCUGGACGCGUCCAAGAGCGUGGUGGUGUGUUCUCAGCUGUUAGAUGAGAAUCUAAAAGAUGAGUACUUUGAGGAGAUCCUGGAAGAAUAUGAAGAUAUCAGACAGGACCAUUAUGAGUCUCUCAAGGAGAGAAGAUACUUAACCUUAAGGCAAGCUAGAGAAAAUGGUUUCCAUAUUGACUGGCUGGCACAGCCUCCUCCAGUGAAGCCCACGUUCCUUGGGACUCGGGUCUUUGAAGACUACGACCUGCAGAAGCUGGUGGCCUACAUUGACUGGAAGCCUUUCUUCGACGUCUGGCAGCUCCGAGGCAAAUAUCCAAACCGAGGCUUUCCCAAGAUAUUUGACGACAAAACUGUAGGUGAAGAGGCCAAAAAGGUCUAUGAUGAUGCCCAAAAUAUGCUGCAGGCACUGAUCAGUCAGAAGAAGCUCCAGGCCAGGGGCGUGGUUGGGUUCUGGCCGGCACAGAGCAUUCACGAUGAUAUCCACCUGUACGCGGAAGGCGUGGUGCCACAAGCCUCGGAGCCCAUAGCCACCUUCCACGGGCUCAGGCAGCAGGCCGAGAAGGACUCUGCCAGCUCGGACCCCUACCUCUGCCUCUCGGACUUCAUUGCCCCUCUGCACUCGGGCAUCCCGGACUACCUGGGCCUAUUCGCCGUUGCCUGCUUUGGGGUGGAGGAGCUGAGCAAGGCCUAUGAGGAGGAGUGUGAUGACUACAGCAGCAUCAUGGUCAAGGCGCUGGGGGACCGGCUGGCCGAGGCCUUCGCUGAGGAGCUGCACGAGCGGGUCCGCACGGAGCUGUGGGGCUACUGCGGCGGCGAGCAGCUGGCUGUGGCUGACCUGCGGAGACUGCGCUACGAGGGCAUCCGGCCGGCGCCCGGCUACCCCAGCCAGCCUGACCACACUGAGAAGCUGACCCUGUGGAGGCUGGCGGACGUGGAGCGGUGCACAGGCAUUAGGUUAACAGAAUCGCUGGCCAUGGCACCUGCUUCAGCAGUAUCUGGCCUUUACUUCUCCAACCUGAAGUCCAAGUAUUUUGCUGUGGGGAAAAUUUCCAAAGAUCAGAUUGAGGAUUAUGCUUCGAGGAAGAACAUGUCUGUGGCCGAGGUUGAGAAAUGGCUUGGACCCAUUGUGGGAUAUGAUACAGACUAA